AUGACGGACAUCUCCCGGUACCAGCCACCGUACGGCAAUGGUGCAGCUUCCGCCAGUACCAUCAACAACUACCCGGAACAUCUGAAUCCCUUCUACGAGGAUGAAAACCACAAACGCCUUCGCUUUUUGGAGCAUAAUCCGGCCGCGCAUAAAUCCAAACGCCGAGGCAGCCUGUCUAGUUUGCGGGACGGACUUCGCGAUCUAUGGCAAUUCUCAUCAAUUCGCUUCGGUAAGAAGCGAUCGUCGACGCUCGGCAUCAAUAAGACGUCAGAGAGUCCUCCACCGCUAAGAAGGGACGUGUACGUUCACGACACCAACGAAGACACCUUCGCGAGUACAAGUGCCUAUCGGAACACAGUCAGCACUCCCGGCUAUGGAACGCCACGUGAAAGCCAAUCGUACACUACGACACCGCUGUUUGUGCGGCAUACACGCUACCGCAGUUCCUUGCAAGACCGUCAAAAGGAAAACGAAGAAAUUGGAUUUAUGCGGAACGAUCGCUACCGUAGCACGAUUCAGAAUGGGUUUGCCACCUACAGCAAUGGGAUGGUUACUUCCACACCGAGAAAGAAGCAAUCGGCCCCUAUGCCGUACGGCACAACGCCACGGGGAGCACAGCGGCAGCAGGAAAACACAAACCCUUUCGAUGUCGAAAUGGAACCGGAAGUUGACACCCUGUCCACGGUUAGUGUGGACAGUAAUUACAGCGGCACUCUGCGAUCUCACACUACUGGAACGAGAACACGCACUAAACGACGAGCUCCGCUUCCACCACCGGUAUUUGUAUUACCAGCGAAUCGCGUUUCCCCAACGAUGGAGGAACCAGCCGCAAACGAUCUCCAAACCGAGAACCUGCGAAAUUUGACGGCAGAAAUCGAAAGCUUUGUACGCAUAUCUUCCACUGAAGGGGACGCAUCCAACAGAGGAACAUCUACCAUGCAAACAAGUGCCAAUGUGGAAGCCACCGUCGUGACAGAACAGAACUAUGAUGUUAACAAUAACAGCGCACAAGUUGAGAUUCCUACUACAGUCUCUACCAUAGAGAGUGAAAUAGUGCUAGACGAACGAACUCAGGAGAGUACUAAAACCGAAACUACUCACACUGUCACCAAUGCCAGCAGAGAUCCCCAGAGUGCACGUGAGGAACAGGCCAUCGUGCAGGUGGAAGAACCAAAAAUUAUUAAUACACAGUCUGUCGACGUGAUCACUGUCGAUACUGCUGUAGCUGUGGGAAUGCAAACCAACCCGACUCCUUCACCGAGGAAAAAGUCAGAAAAGGUUCAGCCCAAAGAUGACGAUGCUACGAAAUGCGCUCACCCAGGUGACGUUGAUUUCGCCAAUCUGGCCCUUCCGACGACUCCUGUUCCCAAGAGGCGAUCGAAUCGCGAAAAUCGUGAAAAAUACAUAACUCAAAAUGUUACUCCAGCAACGAGUGUGGUCAACAAAAUCGAACCCAUCGCGGUCAAACCAGCUGCUUCAGCAAGCGCGGAAGCAGACGAUGAAGGUCCCACGACCACAAUCAUUGUGGACAAUUUGGAGUACCGAUUGAAGGUAGCCCCGAUACAUACGGAAAUUACUACCAAAAUCGAAAAUGCGCGCAUGAAGAUCAGCGAAUCGACGGGCAACUUACCAUUGAGCACGAUCGAUAAUGCGCCUAAUGAGAGGCGCCGAUCAGUGAGGGAUAUUAUAGCGUCGAUCAACAAGAGUCAGAGCAUGCUCAAAGUUAAUCAAGAUCAGCCAACCAACGGUUUGCACGAAACACAGUCAACCGACAGUAUGACGCGGAACAUGCGCGAACUGAACGAUCGCGAAAAGGAGAUCCAAAACCUACUGCAAGAUAUCAGCGAACACUAUGGAGCUGGUAGUUUUCAGCAGCCCGGUGAUGUCGCGACCAGUUCGGUGGAUGCUCAGAAAGGUCGCGGCUCUUACUACGACAAUUUGCCGGAAGAUCUAGACGCCAAGAAUAACAUAUACCACAAUCUGGACGACAAGAACAACAUGUACGCUGGGUCGGGCUGUCGAAUCAAGAAAAGCCCUACCAAGACGGUAAUCGUUAGCGAGGGUGAUGAUCCACAAUUUCAGGAUUGCAUAAAUUGGAACCCUUUGCCAAAACCGAGACGCAGCUAUCACCAGGAGGAGAAAGCAAUCGUCGUCGCAGAGCAAUUACCAGUGGUGCCUAAUGCUCCCUAGCCGCGUACAACAUUUGCUUGUUUCAGUUGUUUAACAGUGUUAUUUUAGUGAUGGUAGUGUGUGAUUGUACUCUACGCUUAAAGUAGAAUAAAACUGGAUGUUGCAAUGUGCAUUAUUUAUACA